AUGGGAAAAACAAUCACAACUUUGAUGUUGGUCUUCGUGUCCAUGGCCGGUUGGAUGUUCGGUGCUGACACAGGUUCCAUCGGCGGUAUUACAAAUAUGAGAGAUUUCCAGUCACGUUACGCAGAUCGGUAUGAUCCGGUUGCCAAUACAUAUUCAUAUUCUUCAGCCCGUCAAGGUCUUUUGGUUGGUAUGGUAAACGUCGGUACAACAAUCGGUUGUUUACUUUCUUCUCCUUUGGCUGAUCGUUUUGGUAAAAAAAAAUGCAUCAUGGGUUGGGCUCUGGUUUACAUUACCGGUAUCAUUGUUCAACUCACCACGGUCCCUUCUUGGGUCCAAUUCAUGGUCGCAAAAAUUUGGACUGGUCUUGGUAUUGGUGCUUUGUCUGUCAUUGCCCCUGGAUACCAGUCUGAGUCUGCUCCUCCACAAAUACGUGGUUCUAUUGUAACCACUUACCAACUUUUCAUUACUUUAGGUAUUUUCAUUGCUGCUUGUAUCAACAUUGGCACACAAAAGCGUCAUGCAACUGCUCAAUGGCGCAUCCCAAUCGGAAUUAAUUUGUUGUGGGGUAUAUUGAUGUUUUUCGGUAUGAUUUUCUUAAAAGAAUCUCCACGCUUCUUGGCAACUAGAGGGCGCAACGAAGAAUGUAUGCAGAUCUUAUGUCGUAACUCUGGACUUACUCCUGACCAUCCUUUAAUGCAGAAAGAGUAUAAUGCUAUCCAAGCUGAUGUGGAAGCUGAAACAGCAGGUGGUCCCUGUAGAUGGAUAGAAAUUUUUCAAAAUCCAGUCCGCUACCGUACAUUUCUGGGCAUGGCAGUUAUGGCUUUCCAACAACUUACUGGUAACAACUACUUCUUCUACUAUGGUACUCAAGUGUUCCGUGGCACCGGUUUAAACUCUCCUUUCUUGGCUGCUUUGAUUCUUGACGCCGUCAAUUUUGGCUGCACCUUCGGUGCUAUUUUCGUUCUUGAGUACUUUGGACGUCGUAUGCCUCUGAUUAUUGGUGGUGUUUGGCAGUCCAUUUGCUUUUUCAUCUACGCCUCCGUUGGUGAUCGUGCCUUGUACCGCCCUAACGGGACCUCUAAUCAUCGAUGUGGAGCCGUUAUGAUUGUCUUUUCUUGUCUCUUCAUUUUCUCUUUUGCUCAAACUUGGGCCCCUGCUGCUUACGUUAUUGUUGGUGAGUCGUAUCCCAUUCGUUACCGUUCCAAAUGCGCUGGCGUAGCUACGGCAAGCAAUUGGUUUUUUAACUUUUUGAUUUCCUUUUUUACACCAUUCAUUAGCAACUCUAUUGGCUUCAAAUACGGUUAUGUUUUUGCGUCUUGUAACUUGGCGGCUGCGAUCGUUAUUUUCCUCUUUGCCAAGGAAACUAAGGGUCUUACGUUGGAAGAAAUCAACCAGUUAUACAUGUCUUCCAUUAAGCCUUGGCAAAGUGGUUCUUAUAAGCGUAAUCGUGAAGAGGUUGAUAAAAGUGAAAUGGAAAAACCUCGUGGACCAAGAGCUCAAUUUAAUGAAUACGUCCAGCAUGGACCCAACAUUUAUUCUGGUGAGAAUUCAGUGACAAGCCGGCAGAACCACCCUGAGCAGGUUACGAAUCCUGUUGGUCUUUGAGACUAAUUUUGUAUGAGGCAAGACCUCUAUUACUUUCUUUUCGUUCUUUGGGUUACUUGGUUAAAGCUAUUCAGAUUCGGACUAGGGUAAAGAUGUAAAAACCAAGGUGUGCAUGAAAACCUUAAAUAGAUGCAUAUCCUCUUUUUUGUUCAGUAUUUAAACCCUAACUAAGCUCCUGAG